AUGUCUGCCUACACCCCGCCAGCGCCCUUCGACCCCAAGGAAGAGAAGUGGGGAUCCUACAUGUCUCGGUUCAAGUGCUUCAUGGUGGCAAACGACAUGCAAGGGCUACCGGACAUUCGGAAGAAAGCCCUGUUCCUGAGUCACUGCGGGCCAAGGGUCUUCGACACAGCCGAAGCAUUGUCGGAGCCGAAUUCGGUCCACAACAUUUCCUGGUCGACGCUACAGACCCUGCUGAAAGACCACUAUGCACCAACGCCAUCGAAGUACGUCCAACGCUAUGAUUUCCGGCAACGGCUACAGCAGGAGGGCGAAUCGAUCAGCGAGUACGUCGCCGCCCUGCGUAAGGCCGCAACCCAAUGUGAGUACCGAGACCUGGAUGAGAUGCUCCUAGAGCAACUAAUUUGCGGAGUGAGAGAUAGCCGGCUCCAGAGAAGGCUGCUUGCGAGGUCAAACCUGACCCUACUCAUCGCGCUAGACGAGGCCAGGGCGCAAGAGUCGUCAGUAAAGGCCGCCGAGAGAUUAAAGAGCUCCCACCUAACCAAAACAACGCAGAAGACGGCGCCAGUGCAUCGAGAGGCCGUAAGCACCGCGAGCGAGGGGGAGUCAAAAGAGGAGGUCUACCGCACCGAGCAGUCCUGCACAGCCCGGAGGGAGCCCAGAGACGGAUGCGCCAGCUGCGGAGGGUCCCACUCACGACAAAACUACCUGCACCUCGCCCGGAGAAAAGACCUACACCACGGUCGAGAUCGAGGGUCGGGAGUGCCAGAUGGAGAUAGACACGGGAUCACCAAUAUCCAUCAUGUCUUGGGAGAAUCUGAAGAAAUUCAUCCCCAGUGUACACAAGCGACAGCUCCAGCCGCAGCAACGCAGACUGAUUACCAGGGGAACUGCAUACCCGUCGAAGGCAGAGGCGAGUUCCAAGUCCAGUACGGGGAGUUUACCGAGAAACUGCCCCUCACCAUCGUCAGCGACAACCUCCCCAGCCUCCUGGGCAUGGACUGGUUUAGGGCCCUAGGCAUGGGAUUCACCGGAGUAAGGAAUGUUCGAAGCGCCCUGAAGGAAGACCUGAUGCAGGAGUUCCAGGACGUGUUCGACGAAAGGCUUGGCAAGUAUGUGGGGACCCCGAUUUCAUUUAAUCUAGACCCCAAUAUUGCACCCAUCCAUUUAAAGCCUAGGCGGGUACCAUUUGCCCUGAAGCCCAAAAUAGACAUUGAAUUGGACAAAUUAAUCAAACAAGGGGUGCUCGUUCCAGUCGACCACGCCAAAUGGGAGACCCCAAUUGUUACACCGGUCAAGCCGGACGGGUCAGUGCGCAUAUGCGCUGAUUAUAAAUGCACAAUUAAUAAGGCCCUGCAGCAGAGCACCUAUCCAGUGCCCGUCGUUCACCACUUAUUGCAUUCCCUGGGCCCCGGCAAGAUCUUCGCAAAACUCGAUCUUGCGCAGGCAUACCAGCAGCUGCCGGUAGAUGGCGCUACCGCAGAGGCACAGACUAUCGUAACCCACAGAGGGGCCUUCAAGUGUACCCGUUUGCAAUUCGGGGUAAGCGUGGCCCCCGGACUGUUUCAAAGUACCAUGGAGCGGCUACUACAGGGGAUCCCCGGGGUGGUGCCCUAUUUCGAUGACGUACUCAUUACAGCCGACAAUGAGCACCAGCUAAGAGAAAGACUGAGGGAGGUAUUAAGGAAAUUCAGGGACGCAGGACUCAGAGUGAAACGCAACAAAUGCAUGAUCGCAGUGCCCUCAGUCGAAUUCCUAGGGUACAGGGUAGAUGGCACCGGCAUUCACCCCACAGAAAGCAAGAUCAGGGCAAUCCAAGAAGCACCCACCCCCAAAGACAAGGCAGAAUUACAGGCCUUCCUGGGACUAUUAAACUUCUACGCCAUUUUUCUUAAAGACAAGGCAACAGUGGCAGAACCCCUACAUAGACUGUUAACCAAAAAAGCCAUUUGGAAAUGGGUGAAGGCCGAAGACAGGGCAUUCGCCGGCAUUAAAAAACUGCUAUCAGCCGAGAGUUUUCUAAUCCAGUACAACGCAACGCUUCCCCUUGUUCUAGCAUGUAACGCGUCCCCGUUCGGGGUGGGAGCUGUCCUGAGCCACAGACUCCCGAAUGGCCUAGAGGCGCCCAUCACAUAUUACUCCCGAACUCUAUCAAGUGCCGAGCGAAAUUAUAGCCAGCUCGACAAGGAGGCCCUAGCCGCCGUUUCGGGAGUGAAGAAAUUCCACGAGUACUUGUUCGGGAGGGACUUUGAGUUAAUUACAGACCAUCGACCGCUCCUGGGUCUCCUCGCGGGAGAUCGACCAAACCCGGCAGCACUUUCGCCCAGGAUGACACGCUGGGCCAUCUUCCUCGCAGCAUACUCCUAUCGCCUGGUACAUCGACCAGGGGCGGACAUGGGCAACGCGGAUGCGAGGGGGUGGCCGGAAAAGAUUGGGAGCGGGGAAUUUAAACCAUUCGUGGGAAAACGGGAUGAGUUGACAAUGCAAGGGGGUUGUUUACUAUGGGGCGAUCGGGUUGUUAUUCCCUCACGUUUAAGGGAAAAAGUUUUAACGUUGUUGCAUGAGGGGCACCCUGGAAUUGUAAGAAUGAAGGGGCUAGCCAGGAGCUACGUCUGGUGGCCCAGCAUGGAUGCAGAUAUUACCGAGUGGGUGGGGAAAUGCCAGCCCUGCCAAGAGUCCACAUCAGACCCGCCAACGGCACCCGUGAGAGAAUGGGAAAGGCCCCAGGGACCCUGGUCCAGAAUACAUAUUGACUUUGCAGGCCCAUUCCAUGGACAGACCUUCAUGGUCGUCGUAGACGCAUUCUCCAAAUGGUUGGAGAUCAAGCUAAUGAAGGCCACUACCACCGACACAACCAUCAGAGAGCUAAGACAGUUAUUCGCCACACAUGGGUUACCAGACAUCCUAGUGUCAGAUAACGGGCCACAGUUCACUGCAACACAGUUCGAAGGCUACUUAGCGGGACUUGGGAUCAGACAUGUCCUUUCUGCCCCGUUUCACCCGGCUAGUAACGGACAGGCUGAGAGAUUUGUUAGGUCAGCAAAGGAGGCUUCACGCUUAAGCCCUGGGGACUGGCAAGAAAGGGUAGACAAGUUCUUAAUAGCUCAGCACUCCACACCCUGUACGGCCACGGGCCGAAGUCCGGCCGAACUAUUAAUGGGGCGGAAACUCCGGGGAAUAUUAGAUAGACUCAACCCCAAUUACUCCCCAGAGGGCUUCAAGGGGGGGGGGAGAGGAAGCUUAGAGAAUUCACCAUAG